GUUGCGCAGCGGUGUCUUAAAUGUACAAAACGUCCUGAAACACAACGUGAAGCUUGGCCUUGGCACAGAUGUUGCCGGUGGGUAUUCUGCUUCUAUGCUUGAUGCCAUCAGGAAGACAAUGAUGGCAUCUAAUAGCCUUCAGAUCAAUAAAAUAAAUGAAACAGGACUAACUCUUGAAGAAACUUUUCGACUAGCCACUCUAGGAGGAAGUCAAGCUCUAGGACUGGAUGACGUGGUUGGAAACUUUGAGGUUGGCAAGGAAUUUGAUGCACUGCUAAUCAACACAAAAGCUUCAGAUAGUCCUUUUGAUUUGUUCUCUGCUGAUAACUUUGAGGACACUCUCCAGAAGUUCCUGUAUCUAGGUGACGAUCGGAAUAUUUCUGAAGUGUAUGUGGCUGGAAAGCAAGUGGUUCCUUUCUCAAGUUCAGUAUAA